CAGACAAGCUCUCGGCGAGGCGAGGACUCGAAAAAGUCCCAGAUACCAGGAAUUACGGUUGAAAUCGGACAGAAGAAAAGCAUCGAUCGAUACCUUGAUUGCCUCAGACAAGCAUCAGCUGAGCCUUUCCAGGGUCCAGUCAACGUCGUUGUCAUCCCCGCGUUGGGAAAACUGUUCGUUCGUCGGGUCGCCUAUGGUCCAUCGUCGUCGCUAGGCUUUAACGCUCGAACCGUCGUCAGGCCUUCAAUCGCUUCGGUAUUUUCAUUCUAG